AUGAGAUGUUUUGCAGCAUUUUUUGUCUCGAGCCAGUGGCAACUCUAUGCCACUCCUAAUCCAGGGUGCAUCCUUUCAUUUAUUCAGUGCCACAGGUGCACUGAGGGUGUCCAGCAAGACCAGAGUGAUAUUUCAGUGUCUGUGGUUGAAGUUCAACAUACAAUGGCAAUAAUGCCUUUGACAGACUGGGACAGCGGUCUCUUUGACUGCUUUGAGGAUGCACGUACUUGCUGCUAUGGUUUCUGGUGCUGUCCCUGCCUUGCCUGCUCUGUUUCAGAAAGCUUUGGAGAAAAUGGAUGUCUCCCCUUAUGUGAUAUACUUGGUACUGGUGUAUUAGCAGCCAUUGGGAUACCUGUUUGUGUUCCUCCUGCAGUCUUGUCUGUAACGGCUGCCAUUAAAAAUCUUGUUUUUCUGCAGGGGUCUCUCUGUAGGGACAUUGCAGUUUCCUGUUUCUGUGAGUGGUGCUCCUGGUGUCAGAUGCAUCGUGAGUUAAAGCAUCGUAAGAAAACUCCACCUGUUAUCAACGUACAGAAUAGCCCUGUUGUCCACAUGCAGCCUAUUCCAGUUGUCCAGCCACCAGUUAUGAUGAUUCCUGCACAACCAGGUCCAGCUGGUUAUGUGGUUCAACCAGGAGUGGUUAUGCAGUCGUACUGACGAUCGCCA